AAAAUUUUCCUGGAAAGUUUCCCGGAAAGUUUCUUUGAAAAAAUAAUUUUCAAAAAAAAUCUGAAUUUCUCCCAUAAUAAUAAUAAUGCCAUUCAGUAUAAAAAGAUUUGCUCAUCUUCAUCGUAGUCAUUCACUUCAACAACAGCAACAACAACAAUCGCAAUCGCAGCAAUCGCAACCGCAAUCAAAAAAAGGUUCCACUAAAAUUACCGCCACCGGUGUACAAAAAUCCAAAGCGGAUAGUGGUGGUGGUAAAUUGGAAAAUCUUCACCCCACCACCCCCACCACCGCCGCCGCAUCAUCAAACAUAUCAACAUCAUCGAAAAAAACAACGAAAUCCAAAUCCAAAUCCGCAAAUCUUAAACAUCAAUCAACAAUACAAUCACAAGAUGGUGAUGAUGAUGGUAAUAUUGAUGAUAAUCAAAGACAUCAACAACAGCAACCAUCAUCGAUGUCCAAUCAUCAAAUGAUGGCCAUUGAUAAUCAAUUAUCAACAGCAAAUUUAAUGAUAAUGUCACCACAAUUACAACAACAUCAUCAUAAUUUUAAUCAUCCGCUACAACAAUCGCAGCCGCAACCGCAAUCGCAACAACCAAGAAAUAUCGUUCACGUUCCACCAAGUUUUUUACUUUGUAAUCAACCACCACCAUCAUAUCAUCAAGCUGCCGCCGCAUCCAAUACCACUGUACAAUCAAUUUCAAAUUCAAAAUCAUUUGAUACGGGUGUUACAAAUGAAAUAUAUCGUUUAGCAACAAAUCAAUCAAAUGUCAACUCUAGUCAGGCAUUAUUACGUAAUCGAAUAAAAUUACAACAACAGAAUUUAGCACGUUCAUAUCUUUAUCAUUCAUCAUCGUUGGAUUUAGAGCCAUCGACGACAUCGUUCGAUCAUCAACAUCGAUCAACACCGCCACCAUCAACGAUAUCAACACAAUCAUCACCACCACCGCCACCAACAAUAUUACCAAGAAAUCCAAAACGUGUACAUUAUGCAAAUCAACCGAUAACAUUUAGUAAAUCAUUGACAACAGCAGCAAAUUGUGAAAGUCCAAUGUUAUCAUCAAUAACAACAACAACAACAACAGCGACAACAACAACAACAACUGGAACAACAACAACAAUAAAACCAUUACGACCGGCAAUAUUACCAAGGCAAACAUCAACAACAACACCAAUCAUACAAACAAAACCAAUACAAAUUCAAACAACAACAACGACAACAACAAAUUUGGCGGGAAAAUUUUCAAAUGGUUCGAAUGCAACAUCGACAGCGACAACAACGACAAAUUCUACAGCGAUAAAUGGACAACAACAACAAUCAAUAAGUUUACCACGUGGUGGUGAAGAAGUUUUAAUAAAUGGUGGUGGACAUUAUCAUCAUCAUCAUGGACGAUCAAGAUCAUAUCAAAAACCAUCAGCAACACGUAAUCAUCAUUAUGGUAAACAUUUAUUUACAUCAAGUAGUAUUGAUGUUGCUGUUACAUCGGAAUCAGGAAUCAAAACAGAAAAUCAAUCAAUUAACCGGACAGCAGCUAUUGAUUUGAAUUCGAGCCGAAAUAAGAACAAUAAUGUUGCUACGUCAAAGUCAUCAUCGUCGGCGGCGGCGGCAACGAAUGUUGAUAAAAAUCCUCAAGAAUCAUCAACCGAAUCGAAACAGAAUAAAAUGGUUUCAAACGCCAACAACAACAACAACAAUAGCAAUAAUCAACAACAACAACAACAACAAAAUAGACAACAAACAUCAUCAUCACAACAAUCAAAUCGUUCACAAAGUACAACACCAUUAGAUAGAAAUUAUUUUCAUCAUUUUCAAACAAAAAAUCCAACAAACAGUUGUUUAUUUGAUGAUGAUCCAGGUAUUAUGUCUGAAAUUGAAACAUCAGCAACUGGUUUUAAUCGUCGUCAAACAAAUAAAAUUCGUUCAUCAUUACCAAUCGUACGUACACCAUCCAAAUCAUUAGAUCGUUCAAUGGGUUUAGUUUUUUUACAAUUUCGUAAUGAAACAAAACGUGCAUUAUUACCAAAUGAAAUUACAUCCAUUGAUACUGUUAAAGCAUUAUUUGUUCGGUCAUUUCCACGACAAUUAUCAAUGGAAUAUUUGGAUCAUCCAUCAGUUCGUAUCUACAUUCAUGAUCCAAAUAAAAAUAUGUUCUAUGAAUUAGAAGAUUUACAUGAUGUUAAAGAUAGAUGUAUAUUAAGAAUUUAUGAACAAAGUAUUAAUGGUCCACAACCAGGUGGUGGUAUUAUACAUCAAUCAUUAAUGGCUGCUGCAGCAGCAGCCGCUGCUGCUCAAUCUGGUCAAUUUACUACCGGUGGUCCAGUUAACGUUGGUGGUGGUCAUCAUCAUGAUGGUGAUGGAAAUUAUGGUUAUUUUUCUGAACCAGAAUUUGAUUCUGAAUAUCAAUCACAACAUAUACAUCAACGAAAAAGAUUUCCAUCACCAAUUGUUGGUCAUCAAUCAUUAAUGAUUGGUCAACAACAAACUGCUGCUAAUGCUAAUGCUACUAAUAUACCGCCACAAUCACAAUAUUAUGGUACAAUAAUGUUACCACCACAAUAUCGUUCGGCAACAUUAGGACCACUGCCACCACGUUCCAGUUUUUUUAUCAAUCAAAAUAUUACCGGUGUUGUUCAACCACCAAUACCACCGACUAGAAAUAAACAAUUUGCAAAUUUUUCACAUACAUUACCACGUGGAACACAUCUAAUGAAUCCAAAUCCCGUUUCAGCCGCUAUGAAUCCAUUCGCUCAACCACCACCACCAAAACCACAACGUAAUUUUCCAAAUAAUUCGGUGCCUCAAUCCGGUGGUGAUAUAAUCAUGAUUCAAGGACAUCAAUUAGCUAGAUCGAAUGGUCAAGCUGCUAUAUCAUCAUCAAAUGAAUCAUCACAACAACAACCAUAUAAUCGACCAUUACCCGAUCGACCAUAUUCCGUAGCUGGUCAUUAUCCUAAUUUAGACCGGACAAAUCCUAUUGUUGGUACAACAAGAUUUCAAUUUCAACCAACAACAGCAACAAAUCAACAAAUUUCUGGUGAAUUUUCUGGUUAUUUAUCAUCACCUGAACAUCAUCAACAUCAUCGACAAACAAUACCAACAAAUGCAACAUUAAUAAAUAUUGGACAAUUAAGAGCAUCAUUUGCUGCUGGUGGUCCACCUGGUCAUCCACCACCACCUGGUGGUUAUCCGUCCACAAGAUUAUUUGAUCCAAAUAAUUUAGCUGGAAUUUCAACAACUGCUGUUGUUGGUAAUCCAAAUACAUUUAUCGCUAGACAACAACAGCAAGCCGCAUCUUCAUCGACUUCGAAUGUUAUUGAUGAUGAAGCACGUAUACGUAUGCAAGAAAUGGAAAGAAAAAUUGCCAGUUUAACAAAUGUUGUUAGUAAAGCUUUAACAACUGGACCAAAACCCCCACCACCACCAAAGCCAUCAGCAUUAGUAAAUUAUCGUACAAAUGAAAUGAAUUCAUCAAUAUCAAUUGAUAAUAAUAAUAAUAAUUUACAACAAUUAAGACAAAUACGAAGAAAAGCACGUGAUUUACGACAAGAAAUACGACAAUUAAAACGUUUUACCGUACAACAAAUGAAUAAUGCACGUGAACAAAUGAAAGAAAAUUGUUUGAAAAUUCAACAAACAUUAUCAUUAUUAACGAAACCGAUUGAUGCACCAAUACGUUUAGAACGUAUAAAAAUAAGUAUAAAUUGUGAUUCAUAUAAUGAUGAUGCAAUACGUUUAGAUCGUGAUCUAUUAGAAUUAGAAGCACAAGUAGAAUCAUUACGUUCAAAUGUUAUUAAUCGUCGUUGUCGUGUUAAUAUGUCAAAUGUUGAAUCAAUGGCAUUAAUAUUAUCAAGAGCUUCAAAAACAGUUGCCGAUCUUAAAUCACGUUAUCCAUUACUUGCACAGAAUCUUAAAACAAUUAUGUCAAAAGAAUUACAUGAAAUUGAAAAAGAAGAAAAAUUUUUAAAAGAAGAACCCGAACGUUUAGAACAUUCAUUGAAACGAUGUAAAAAAUUAACCGGUACAUUGGUCACACUAAAACGACUGGCAUCAGUACAAGAACAACGUUCAUCAAAUAACAAUACAUCAUCACCAUCAUCACAAUUAUUACAAACAUCAUCAAGUUUAGAUAAAAAAGAUGGUUCGAUUGAUGAAAAUUUACCGUUAUCAUCAUCUGGUGGUGGUGGUGGUGGACGUGAUCUAUCAUCAUCAUCGACGACAACAACAACAACAUUAGCAACAACAACAACAACGACAACAACAAGGACGAAAAAAAUUCAAGCCUGGCAUCGAAGUGCUCAUUUUCAUCGACCAAUUUUAUGUAGCCAUAAUUAUAAGAUUGAUUUAUAUCGAGGAUUUGCAUCGAUGCCCACCAUUGAAGAACCUAAUUCAGAAAAUUCUAUCGAUGCUGAUGAUGAAUAUGACGAUGAUAAUAAAUCAUCAAACUACAACAACAACAACAAAAAGAACAACAACAACAAGGCUGACAACAACAACAAAAAUUCUGAUAAUAAAACAUUUAAGAAUAAGAGUUUUGAUGCCGAUCUAAUGGAACCGCAUACAAUUAUACAGGUAAUACCGGCAACACCAUCAUCAACUGAUUCAACAAAAACAACUGCAUCAAAUAUGUUGGACAAUCUUUUGGAUGAAUUACAAACAUUUUCUAAACAAUCAAGUAUCGAUUUAUCAUCAUCAUCAUUAUCAAAUCGUUCAUCACCAUUUCAACGUACCGGAUCAUUUCGUAGUAUAAAAUCAUCAUCAAUUAAUAAUAAUAAUGAUGAUUUAGAUUCGGAUACAAUCGUUCGUAAAGCUUCACGAUCAAAAUCAUAUUCAUCAAUUCGUGCUACAUCUGAACCACCGGGUGUACGAUCAAGAAUAUCUUCAAUACCAGAUGGACGAAUUGAUCUGGAUAAUAUUGCAUUAUUAGCAACAAAUUGUGGUAAUGCAGCUGCUGCAACAGCAGCAUUAUUAGAAAAACGUUUUGCACAAUCCAGACAAGAAUUAUUGGAACAAAGACAUCAAGAAUUAUUAUAUAAACAAAAACAAUUACAAGAACAAUAUACUCGAUUACAGCAAUUAAGUAAACGGCCAAUAUCUUCGCAACGUAGUGGUGGUGGCAGUGGUAGUGAUAAUAAUUCUUUUCUUAAUGAUCUGAAAAAAACUGGAUCCGAAAAUAAUAUCGUAUCAAAAUCGGCCAAUCUCACCAAUAAUAAUGAUGUUUUGAUGAUAAACAAUAAUAAUUCAUCAUCGACGAUGAAUAAAAUGAUCAAUAACAGCAACAGCAAUACAAUUAUGAUAAAUCCAACUGUACAUGGAUCAUUACAUAAUAUUAAUGGUACAAAUAAUAAUAAUCGAAAUAUCAAUGAACCAACCGAAAAUGGUAAUAUUAUUAUAUCGGAAAUGACCACAAACACAACAACACAAGUUCGUAAAACAUUCGAAACAGAAAUUCUAUGAACCAAUUAGUGAGAUGCGAAACUAUCGAUUGUUUCGAUUCGAUAUUAUCAUCGCGGAAUUGGUUUUUCUUGUUGAUGAAAAUUUUUGAUUGCUCAAAUCUGAUUUUUUUUUAAUUAUUUCCGAAUUUUUUUCGGUUUCCUUUGUUUUCUCCCAUUCCCAUCGUUUGGAUUGAUUUUUUUGUUUACAUAAAACAGACACACACACUGACAAACCAACAAAACGAGCAACAAAAACAACCAGAGUAAUUUGAUUUUUUUUGUUUUGUUUCUCUUGGAUGUA